AUGGAAAACUGCACUCUAGCUAUUCAUAUUGCGCAGAAGGACUGGGAGGUCGACCAGUGGAGAGACAUCCUCACCCAUACACUGGGAAUGAGCCACAUGCAAAUAGAGGAACUUCUGGCAUCCGGAGACAGAUUUGGCCGUGGAGUCGUGGCAGGUAAAACAGUACUAUUGCAUGACUUAGCAAGUGGUGAGGACUAAAACACAGCACAUCUCAUGCUUGAUUUAAACUAGGUUUGGAAUUGUAGUCUACAGAUGAAUCGCCAACCCCCUGUCAUGUCUUGUUUUUUAGGCUUGGUGGAGGUGGGGGAGACCUGGUGCUGCUCUGACAAUGUGCCAGAGGAGGAUCUGAGGAAGCUGGAGAAGGCAGCAGUGCUCACUGGGCUCACAGAGAAGCACCUCACACAGCUGUCAAACCCACGCUGGCUCAAGCAACCCCUUUAUGCCAGAGGUCACAAAGACAUAUGGACAGUAGAUAUCCCAGUGCAAUUACUGCCAUCCGUGUAG